UACUUAAAGCUGCAGGUGAGGAUUGUUUGCAUUAUCCAUUGCUGCUGAAGAGACUUUCAACCUUUUGUGCAACUGAAGCAAAGAUGGCAUCUGCAAGCUUCCAGAUUUUAGGCAUCUUCCUUGCAAGCAUUGGUUUUGUUGGUGACAUCAUCGCUUGUGCCCUGCCAAUGUGGAAGGUGUCUGCCUUUGUUGGGAACAACAUCAUGACGGCGCAGAUCUUCUGGGAGGGCCUGUGGAUGAACUGCGUGAAGCAGAGCACCGGGCAUCUGCAGUGCAAGUUCCACACCUCCAUGCUGGCUCUGCCUCAAGAACUUCAAGCUGCUCGCGCUCUGGUUGUGGUCUCAAUCAUCAUUGCUUUCCUGGGACUCCAGCUAGCCGUCGGGGGAAAGUGCACCAACUGUGUUGAAGAUGAACUUGCUAAGAGCCGCAUAGCCAUCGCUGCAGGUGUGUUCUUCAUUGUUGGAGGUCUACUAUGUCUGAUCCCAGUGUCCUGGUCUGCCAACGAGAUAAUCAAGACCUUCUACAACCCCAACGUGCAUGAUGCCAAGAAGAAUGACCUUGGUGCGGCGCUCUUCGUCGGCUGGAGUUCAGCAAGCCUCCUGAUCAUCGGCGGGGCUCUGCUCUACUGUCGGUGCCAGCAGCAGAAUGGGCGCUACUCUGUUAAGUAUGCUGCACCACGCGUGGCUGGCAGCAGAGGAGCCUACGUUUAAUCUGACCAGACUGUUUCCUGAAAGUCUGGUCCAGAGGAACCUGGGCUGACCUCCAC